GAGCCUGUAUUCGUGUACACACAAUCCUGGCCGUCUCGUGCCGUGCAAGAGUCAGCUAGCAGGCCAGCCAGUGGGCCGCAGCAGGAGCGAACAGCCAACGAGAGCGACGGUGGCAGGCAAAAAGUUUUCGUAUUAGCUGGAUGUGUGCUGAAAACUGUGGUCGCAGGAUUCGCUGUUUGUUGGACAUUUUCCGGAUUUUCAGCUGAAAUCCGGAUCGAACUUUGUUAAAUAAUUGUGCAAUCGGUGCGCGAUUGAUAGUCGGGUACGGUUUGAGUGUCUUUCGGGUUGUGGUGAACCGUUUAAACUAUUUGUGCAGUGAAUUUAGCAUACCGAUGAAUCGAGUGCAUGAGACAACUAGGCGUAAAUAGAAAAAUUGAUCCCGUUUCGUCGGAUUUGGGUGCAGCCCGUGGCCUAGCCAGUAAUCUGGACUCCAGUGGAAUACUUUCCAACGAUAUUAAUAAAGUAAGCAGAUAGUGGAUAAAGUUUGGAAUUCGAAUAAGGAUUGCUGCAGGUGAUUUCAUCUGCGCCAACAGCGUGAUCAGAACAAGAUGCCUCAACGGUUUAUUAGUAGUGCGUAUUUAGCGAGCAAGAAGAUAAUCGAUUCCCCCUAGUGCGUAAGCGAUUUCAGCUCCAUGUGAGGUGGUGCGAUAUAAGUAAAUGAAGCAUUAGAAUCGAAUACAAGUUUAGUGCGGGUUUCAGUGUAAUUGUAAGUGAAAGUGCGGUUCCGCAGAAGACGCCAGCAAAAUGUGGAACCUCGGAGCUACCGCCGCCGUUGCCGUGCGGGGCCCGAGCAGUUGUCCGAUCAGGGGCAGUAAUUACCGGUCCCCGGGUCACCGUCCGGUAUCAGCAGUGAAACGUAGUCAUCGAUCUAAAUUACUCAGUGUUUCAAUGUUAGCCAUCGUAGUAGUGUUAGUGUUAAAUCUCAAUGUUGUCAUAGUAUCCUGUAAGCACCAUCGCCAUCAUAGCGCUAGCAGCGAAGAGUUCAAGUUCGACUCAGCGAACAGCUUUAUUAGCUUAGUCCUGCCUCACGACACAUAUCCGGGCUACAGCAUUCAGAAGUUUACCGCCAACUUCACCAGUCCAAACUCACCAUUUUCAUCGAUUUCGUCCUAUUCGUCAAAGCCACUCAACUAUCGGCUGCUGGAGACGGAUUACUCUAAGUACUUCACCGUGCUUGAUGAUGGUAUGGUGAUGACCACUUCUGAUCUCUCCCCGCUAGUCAACCGGCCGGUUAAACUGGUCGUCCUGGAGGAGACCCCCAAUUCCACUGCCACACAUCAGCUUCAACUGUACAUCAUGAAUCGCAAGGAUAUGCUGCAUUUUCCCAGUGCCCUCGGUGAAACGGUCGGUGAAGUGAGUGAAAACAAAAAUCCCGGUACGCGAGUUCGUGAACUUCCGCUGUUGCAGGCAAAUUCCGCGCGCGGUGCCAAAUCGGUUAUUUACUCGAUCGUGAACGGUAACGAUGGACACGAGUUCGCACUGGAAAACAGCAGCAAUGGGGAGAUUAAGAACACGGUUCACAUUGAGGACACCAGAAAGCACGGCGUUUGGCUAGUGACGAAUAAACCACUCGAUCGUGAAACGAAGGAUGAAUACACGAUCCUGGUAGAAGCCACUGACACGAAAAGAAUCAACAAAGCGGAAGUGAAACUAAAGGUCAGAGUUCUAGAUGUCAACGAUAAUUCUCCGGUGUUCACUAAACCGGACUACCGCUUUAUGGUGACCGGAGUCAAAAGCACCAACGCCUACGGUAACGAAACCAUCACUUGGGAACGUUUCACCAGCGUUGGUAAGGUCGAGGCAAAAGACGCAGACGGUGACAAAGUGGCCUAUCGUUUGAUGAAUCCCAGCAAUACGGUAGUUAUUGUACCGCAAACUGGUGAGCUGCUGCUAGCCGGAGAGCCGGACUUUUCCGAACUGUUCAUAGACGUGGAAGCUCACGAUAUUCGCACACCAAGUGUUAAAAGUGAAAAACCUGCCCGCGUCCUUAUAGAAUUUGUAGCUCCGGACCCGGUACCGGUGGUCGUUCAGCACCUUAAUCACGAAUAUCAGCACUCGCAUCGGCGUGACAAACGUCGAGUUACGCGAGCUGUCCGACCAACCAAACGGAUCGAAUUUACCGAAGCCGAUGGCGACACCGAAGGCCGUAAUGUUUUUCAGCUGGAGAAGGAAACCGAUCGAGAAACGUUCAAGAUACGGGACGAAAAUCCGUGGGUAACGGUUGAAACCAACGGAGCCGUCCGCGUCAAGAAGAAGUGGGACUACGAAGAACUAGGACCGGAGAAAACGAUCGACUUCUGGGUUAUCAUCACCAAUCAGGGACAUAACGGUCAAUUAUCACAGUCCAAUCAACGCAUUGUAACACCAGCGGAUCAUGAGUUCUUCGCAAAACAAAAAGCACCAACAGCAGCAACAGCAUUCGAUCUUGCAUCCAGCUUCCUCCAGUGGCAAUGUAAGAAAAUCGCACUAUCACAGUCGAUAAGCUCCAGCAGACCAGCCCAGCAAAACUUUUGA